AUGCAAGAAGAACUAAAUCAGUUUGAAAUAAACCAAGUUUGGAAACUUGUUUCUAGACCUAAAAAUCAUUCUGUUAUUGGUUCAAAAUGGGUGUUUCGAAAUAAGCUUGAUGAACAAGGUAAUGUUGUGAGAAACAAAGCAAGGUUAGUGGCUCUAGGUUACAACCAAGAAGAGGGUAUCGAUUUUGAUGAGACUUUUGCUCCGGUAUUGAUGAUGCUUGAUGGAACAAUAGGCAAUUCAUAUUUUGAAAGAUUUCCUGAUGUGAGGCAGUUUUUACAUGGAAAAAUGGGAAGUCUGGAAUCCAUUGCCUUACAAACUUUCAUAACAACAAGGGAAGUUAACUAUGAUAAGUUCUGUUCAAUUUAUUGGCCUCGUUUCAAUACACAAAUGACAAAGAAGCUCGACUCAUCUAGAGUCUUUACUGAGAUAAUGUCUCACAUAAAAGGAGACUUUCGUACCCAAUGCUGGCAAGUAUCUAAAAUUUUUCAUUUGAGCCAGAACUUUCGUACCCAUGCUGGUAUUCUCAAGUUAGCUCAAAGUGUUAUUGACCUUCUUUAUCGUUUUUUCCCUUCAUUUGUUGAUAUUUUAAGCCAUGAAACUAGUCUUAUAUUUGGUGAAGCCCCAGUUUGGCUUGAAGCGACAAAUGAUGAAAAUGCAAUUGUGACUAUAUUUGGGAGCAGUGGGAAUGAAGGGACCAAUUUUGUUGGGUUUGGAGCAGAACAAGUCAUAUUAGUGCGUGAUGAUUCGGCAAAGAAAGAAGUGUAUGACUAUGUUGGGAAACAAGCCCUUGUCUUGACUAUAAUGGAGUGCAGGGGCCUAGAGUUUCAGGAUGUACUGUUGUACAACUUUUUCGGCUCAUCACCUCCAAGAAAUAAUUGGAGAGUUGUCUUUGAGUACAUGAAGGAGCAAAAUUUACUUGAUGAGUCCUCUCCUGUUUUCAAUAUGGCAAAACACAAUGUCUUAUGCUCUGAAUUGAAGCAGUUAUAUGUUGCAAUCACUCGUACAAGACAAAGACUAUGGAUUUGUGAGAAUUUAGAAGAGUUUUCGAAACCAAUGUUUGAUUACUGGAAGAUGAAAGCCCUUAUCCAAGUCAGGACAUUGGAUGACUUAAUUGCACAAGGCAUGCAAGUUAGCAGCAGU